AUGGGAAAUCCGAAGCAGAAGUGGACGUCGGAGGAGGAAGAGGCGCUCCGCGCCGGCGUGGCGAAGCACGGCACCGGAAAGUGGAAGAACAUACAGAAAGAUCCCGAAUUCAACCACCUACUGUUUGCUCGCUCCAACAUUGAUCUCAAAGAUAAAUGGCGAAACUUGAGUGUGGCAAGUGGUUUACUUCAGAAAGAUAAAUUAAAGGGACUGAAACCAAAGGCAAAUCAUGCUGAUGUUCUUGCUACUCCACUGCCGGUUGUUCAGACCUCUGCUACCCUCACUCCAUCUUCACAAGAUGCUCCAGUCGAUGUGGUUAUGUCAGAUUCUUGUAGGCCUGCAGUUGAGGGAAAUAAUGCUGCCAAGUACAAUGAGAUGAUAUACGAGGCGUUAUCUACGCCUAGAGAGCCAAAUGGAUCAGAUUGUAGCACAAUUGCUACCUAUAUUGAGCAAAGGAUGCAUGUGCCCCUAAAUUUCAGAAGGUUGUUGAGCUCUAGAUUAAGGCGACUUGUGCAACAAGACAAACUUGAAAAGGUUCAAAACUGUUACAAGAUUAAAACAGAUGCUCUGUUAUCAGACACGAAGAAUCUCGCCGGGAGACCCAAUGAUUGGAGGAGGCCCACGCUCGUUCAAAGCUUCAGCCAUCCUGGAGAAACUGUUGAGGAAGCUUCAGUUUGUGCUGCUUACAGAGUUGCAGAAGCCGAAAACAAAUCGUUUGUGGCUGCUGAAGCUGUCAAGGAGGUCGAGAGGGUUUCGAACAUAGCCGAAGAAAUGGAAUCCCUACUCCAGUUUGCCUCUUACUGUUUUGAUCAAAGUGCUCAAGGUGAAAUUGUUAUAAAGGCUUAG